AUGUACGCCCGUCCGUAUGACUGGCCGACGUUCAACAAUUAUAGGGCGCCACCCUCUCAAGAUAAUCUCCCAACGGAAAUCUUCUCGGCCCAGUGGCUAAAGCGCGAGAUUGCCCGCUCUGUACUGCAGCAAGAUCUGCCUGUUUCAGCACUUGCCGAGGCUGAAGUUGCUGUAGAAAAUCUGAAGCGAUGGGACAUGCCGUCAGACCCGCCAGAAGUGAAGCCAACUGAUCCAGCAACAUUCUCGAAAACUUCGGCGGAGAACUCGGGUCAUGCUAGUCACCAAGCUUUGGAGGCGGGCCUUCCGCAAGAAACGGGAAGUUCGCAUGCCCGGACUCACCUACAUGGCCACCAGCGCCGGAAAUGGCAUCAUUGA